UGUCAUCUGUUUACUCUAACCAUGAUCCCUGACCCUUUGGGUCUUGCCACAAACUUGGUCACCUGAUGGGGGGAGGGGAGUAGGUAAGUAUAUAACCCCUUAACUACCUGGGCAGAUUCCCACAGCUAAGGACGACCUGACCUAGAUAAGUCCCUAGACCAUUCAACACUGACUUGCCAUCACCAUGAAGCUGCUCACCCUGACCGUGGUGCUCCUGACCAUCUGCCACCUGGAAGGAGCCUUAGUCCGGAGAGAGGCAGAAGAAGCCCCAGGGGAGGGCCUCUUCACUGAGUACUUCCAGAAGUUGGCUAAUAUUGGCAAGGAAGUAGUAGAGAAUGUUAAAGCCCCAGAGGUUAAGUCCCAAGUCCAGGCUUAUUUUGAGAAGUCACAAGAGCAAGUGAUCCCACUGGCGAGGAAGGCCUUAAAACACACAAUGACCUUUUUCAGCUCUCUUGUGGAGCAAGGAAAGCAGGCUGCCAGCCAGUAGGAUUUUUUUCUAUCCCCAGCUUGCCUUUGAAUACAUAUAUUAUAUAACUUCAACCCAACCUCCCCAAACCCUUACAGUUGAGUCUUCAAGUUGUCCUUUCCUUCCCACUCCCUGAACAUCCCCUAUUUUCUACAAUAAAUGGUGCAUGAGCCAU